AAGAAGAUUUCCAAUGGCAGCACUACUGUAGUGGUGCAGCGGCAUGAGCAAACUGGUCGCAACUCUUCGGGUGUUAGUGCUAAACCAAAAGUUCCUCCUGUACCAAGAACUGAACCACCGAAGGCUGUGAACGAAUCAACUCAAAGAACAAGUGAAGUUAGCAGUGCUAGAAAGAGACGAGGUGCAAAAGCCGAUGAAGUGGAAAAUGCAAAGGCUUGUCAGCUUGAAUUUGGGAGCUACUGCCUCUGGUCUACAGAACACAAAGUAAUUAUGAAGGAUUCGAUAGUGAAAAGGCUAAAAGACCAACUAUUUGUGGCCCGCUCAUACUAUCCAAGCAUUGCCAAGCUUCAAGGACAGGAGGUACUUACUCAGGAAAUGAAACAAAAUAUACAAGACCAUGAGAGGGUUCUUAGUGCAUCUGCUGUUGACGCUGAUCUACCAUCCUUUAUCAACAAGAAGAUAGAACAGAUGGAGCACACAAUAGCGAGAGCGAAAUCUUGCACUGUGGAAUGUCACAAUGUUGUCAGAAAGCUUCGGCAGAUACUUGAUAUGACUGAUGAUGAAGCUCAUUUUCAUAUGAAGCAGAGUGCAUUCCUCUACAAUCUUGGUGCUCAGACCUUGCCUAAAACUCACCACUGUUUUUCUAUGAGGUUGACAUUGGAAUAUUUCAAAUCCCCUUCAUUGGAUUCAGAUGUUUCUCUGGCUCGCAAGUUUAAGACCCCAAACCAUAGGCACUAUGUUAUACUAUCUAAGAAUGUCCUUGCAGCUUCUGUUGCCAUCAACUCAACAGUUGUCAGUUCUAAGGAGCCAGGAAACAACAUUUUUCAUAUCCUAACUGAUGCUCAAAACUUUUAUGGCAUGAAAUACUGGUUUGCCAGAAAUUCAUACAAAAAGGCAGCUAUCCAUGUUGUAAACUAUGAAGAAAUGAUUUUAGAGAAGCUACCAAAGUUCAGUACGCGAGAGCUAUAUUUGUCUGAGGAGUUCCGUGUUCUCAUCAGGAGCACUGAGCGGCCCACUGAGAAGACAAGAAUGGAAUACUUGUCGUUGUUUAGUCAUUCUCAUUUCUUUAUUCCAGAAAUAUUCAAGGAUCUAAAGAAGGUGGUUGUAUUGGAUGAUGAUGUGGUUAUUCAACGUGAUCUGUCGUUCUUGUGGAAUCUUGAUAUGGGGGACAAGGUAAAUGGUGCUGUUGAAUUUUGUGGUGUAAGACUGGGUCAAGUGAGAAAUCUCCUGGGUAAGACAAAGUAUGAUCCUAAAUCUUGUGCUUGGAUGUCUGGCGUGAAUGUGAUUAAUCUGGAUAAAUGGAGGAAGCAUAAAGUGACAGAGAAUUACCUCAUGCUCCUUAAACAGCAGGUCAAGAACAAUGAUGAGGUAUCUCUGAGAGAAGCUGUCUUUUCUUUAAGCUUGUUGUCUUUUCAACAUCUCAUCUAUCCCCUUGACAAGAAGCUGACUCUGUCUGGACUUGGAUAUGAUUAUGGAAUCGAUCCGGAGAUUGCACGGAGUUCUGCGUCGUUGCACUACAAUGGCAAUAUGAAACCUUGGCUUGAGUUAGGCAUACCGGACUACAAAAAGUACUGGAGGAGGUUUCUCACCCGAGAAGACCGAUUCAUGGAUGAGUGCAAUGUAAAUCCGUAGCACACUUGAGUUCGAAAUCAGAAUAGUCCACAACAGACCAUGGCAUCCACUGGCCUCCUAGAUUCUGUCUCUGCUGAGUGGAUGCUUGUAGCCCCCGAGAGCUGUACAGUGCAUUAGCAUAAGGGACACAUGCAGCUGUUGAACAUGAGAAGAGGUGGAGCCGUUGGCUGCCAGCGUUGACAGGAUUGAGCAGACGCAGCACCGUCUGUUCAUGGCAUUGAACAUGAUUGAUUGACGAUUUUGGCAUUCUGGGUUUUAUGUUGCCGGUAAGGAUAAUGUGAGCGUGUCAGCCUUAUUGUGCAGAUUGUUCGGUAAUCUCUUGGAUGCAAGAUUCAUUUCCCAUUUUUUCUCUUCUGCCAAUAAGGGCACACACAUGUAGUCUCAUUUUUUGGCGUUUGGUCAUAGCGCAGUGAUUAGUUUUGGUAUUAUGCUGAUCGAAUGGAAAGAUUGCUGUCCAAAUCUAUGGACAGCUCUGUGGAUAGCUUGUAUAUUCUGUUAUAGUUCCUCUCUGGAAUGCCAUGUUUUUUUGAGAA